GGGCACAGCUGACAAAGAAAAUAACAGAAAGAAGAAGAAAAAUUUUCAAUGGAAUUUCUGUGUUGAAAAUUCUCACUGAAUUUUCCAUAAAUCCCCCUACAAAGUGAAAAAUGCAGUUUCCCACAGCAAGUCCAUGAAUUGGCAUCCCUGCAGUACAACAGUGUGCGUGAAAAUUCAGUGAAAUCGUCCCCGUGGAGUGCGGUGGAAAAGUGCACGAAGGAAAAAUAAAGUUGGCAUAGAUUUGGGGACAAUAAACAACAGAUGUUUGGGCACAUUUAGCAACAACUGGAAAAAUCAGAGACGAGGAAAAUGCCAGGAAAUAGCGUGAGGAAGUAUCGACGGGAUACGAGUGAAGUGAGCUGCUGCCUAAAGUACGUCAUCUUCAGCUGCAACGUCUGCUUCUGGAUUCUGGGGCUUUGUAUCCUGGCGGUGGGAGUGUGGGCAUGGACGGAGAAGGACAUCUUCAAUAAUGUCUCCAAGUUUGCCAAUAUCGCCCUCGAUCCGGCCUUCAUUCUCAUUUGCAUUGGGGCGAUAACGUUCAUCAUUGGGUUCACGGGAUGCGUUGGAGCACUCCGGGAGAAUACCUGCCUCCUUGCAGCGUAUGCCAUCUUCCUCACCAUCCUUCUGCUGAUGGAGAUGAGUGUUGGCAUCCUUGGGUUUAUUCUCAAAGACAAAGGAUGGAUUAAGGAGCAGGCAACAGAGGGCCUACGUGCCUUCAUAACGCACUACAGAGAAGAUCCAGAUCAGCAGAAUCUCAUUGAUUGGAUUCAAGAAGACUGGCUGCAGUGUUGCGGCAUUGAGGGUCCCAAGGAUUGGGAUAGCAACAACUACUUCAACUGCUCCUCCCAUGCCGUGGGGAGCAGAGAAGCCUGCGGGGUACCCUUCUCCUGCUGCAAGAGACGCCCUCAUGAGCUCAUAAAGAAUAAACAGUGUGGCUACGAUGUCAGGAAGGAAGGAUAUCCUGCCGAGAGGCACAUUUAUGAGAGGGGAUGCCUAAGAGCUGGCGAGGACUGGCUGGAAGGGAAUCUGCUUCCGGUAGCUGGUGUCUGUGUUAGUGUAAUGAUUAUGCAGAAUUUCGAUGUGUCAAAGAUAAUCUAUGAGAAAGGCUGCGUCCAAGCUGGUGAAGAAUGGAUAGAAAGGAAUUUGAUCAUGAUUGCAUCGAGUGCCAUAUUCUUAGCCUUCUUCCAGAUUUUGGGAAUCUGCUUCGCACAGAAUCUCCGUGCCGAUAUAUUUGCACAAAAAGCCAAAUGGCAUUGACAAUUGUCCGCCCCCGUCGCUGUCUAAAAGUGAAAAUCAAAGGCAAACAGCCCAUUGGAGGGUUCCUUGAACACUCCGUGAUUUCCCCCUUGAGCCAAAAUAUUUGCUGUUACAAAAAGAAUGUGUUCCAUUGAUAGAAAAUACUCUAAUAAGAUGAAAAAAUGUCCUAAAUUUAAACUGCCUUUUGUUGGACUGUCCUCCUUGCUAUUUUUGCAGGAGGUUUUUAAUGGUAUAUUGGGUGGGAAUCACGGGGAGUUUUGCAAACCUUUGGCUGUUGUUUGAUUUUUCAACAAAAAUCGCAUCAUUCAGAUGGGGGCGGCAUAAAAAAAAUUAUAAGAAAAAAUCCAAGAUGUUCCCGCGAAGAGGAUGAAAUUAGUGGAAAGAAGAAAAUUGUAAGAAAAAAAAAAUAGGAUAAAUAUUGCUUUCAAUGGGCUUUCAAGCAUGUUUUGGGUCCAAGAACCAUGAGUGGAUUGAAAUUGUAAAUGGGAAUAAAAAUUGAAGAAAGAAAAAAAAAUAUACGAUAUAUUGCUGUAAAAAGAACAAAAAAAAAAAAGACGCGUUUAGUGUUAAUUUAAUAAUGACUCAAAUUCUCCAAGACAUUCUUUAAAUGAAACAAAAUGAAGUUAAUUGUUUGAUGAUGAAAAAAACUAAAGAAUUAUAAUCUCUGAAUCUCUUUUACAAAAUACUCUUUUAUUUUUCAGUUUAUAAUUAAAAAAAAAUUAAUAAAUUUAUCAUAAAACACGAUAAAAUAAUAUAUUUUAAAAUAGAACAAAAUGCAGCUGAUUUAAUGGCGAAAUAAUUAUAAAAAAAAAUAAUACUGUCUGACUCUGUAAUGUGAUGUAACUUUAUUUUUUUCAACAAAUUCCAAGUAAAGUUAUUCCUAUUUUAUUUGAAA